AUGAAACUUCGAUCUGUUAUAUUAGCAUUAUGUUCAUAUACCUAUCACUAUUAUCGUCCUCGAUUAAUAUGUUGUUGCACUCUGAUUCCUUUUAUAGUAAUCUAUACAAUAUAUCAAAACAUUCCAACUGUCAUAUUUCCACAAAGUAAAAAUUCGUUUACAAGUUCUAUUUCGGAACAAGUCAAAAGUAAUUUAAAACUACAAAUUCAUCCAUCACUUUAUUCAUAUGGUCGUAUAAUUAUUUAUCAUCUCGGAUUAUAUCCCCAUGGCGGUCCUGGCGCUUUAAAUUAUCUUCAUUGUGCACUUGUUACUGCUGGUUUCAAUUCAUUCAUGCAUAUACCAAGUCCUUCAUCAAUUACUUCAAGUUGUUCCCGAUAUAUUAGUGCAAAUUUUAAUGUAUCAUCUAAAGAUAUUGUUAUAGUUCCUGAAAAUGCCUAUUUAGAGAAACUUCCUUUAUGGCGAUCAUCGGGUGCUCGUAUUGUUGUUUAUUUACUUGGCGUGAAUUCACCUCUUGUUGAACAACAUUCUACUAAUGUUAUAUGGGCACCAUCAAGUACUUAUACUCGUGAUCUUUAUUUAGCAACAGGAAAACAAGUUCUUUUUUCACCACUCGAACGUCAUAUGUAUGAUACUCAGAAAAAUAAUAUGAAAAACUUCAAUACUGUCGAUAAUAAAACUGAUAUUUACAAACAUCUAAAAUUAAAAGAAAAUCUUAUUAUUAUUGAUAAUGAUUCAAAUUUUCCUCAAAGUUUACUACAGACUCUUUUAUAUCUUUCAGUUCAACCGCGAGUUCAAUUCAAAGUUCUUGAAAAAAUACCAUUCCUUGAUGUACCAUCUUGGUUACAGCGAGCUAAGAUAGUUAUUGAUUUAGGUAUAGCUGGUGUUGAACGUAUUAAUAAUGAAGGAGCUUUAUUCGAUGCAAUUGUUCUCGUAGCUAAUUCAUUAAAUGGAAUGGAUCCAACUGAUUUUCCUAUUCCAGAUGAAUUUAAAUUAGAUACAAGAAAUGAAACACACAUGUAUGAAGUUAUUAAAAAUUGUUUAAUUAACUAUGAAAGUUUAUUACCAAAAUGGCAUGCAUUAAAACAAUUAACAUUAGAUUUACCUCGACGUUUUCUUCAUGAUGAUAUUCCUUCAUAUUUUUCUACUCGAUCAUUUAAAUUCUUUUUAACAACAUCAUCAUUUGAACAAGAAAGUGCUAUUAUUCCAUUUGCUUUACAUUGUGCUGUUCAUCAUCCAUUAGCUCGUAUUGAAGUUCAAGUACAAAAUUUAAAAUUAUUUCAUCAUAAUCAUGAUAUGUUAUUAAAAUUAUUGAAAUCAAUAACUAAUCUAUCUGCAGAUUGGCUUUUAUUAUCUGAAAAAAAUAUAACUAAUCAACCAACAAUUAUGAAUGAUAGUGAAUUCAUUAUUUCGAUUGAUCCAAGAAAUAUGAUAGUUGAUGAACAAUUACCUCAUAUACUUGUACAUCUUCUCGACAAAAAAAAAUCUCUUACUUUAAUGAAUUCUUGCUUUGGAACAAUAGCACAAGUAAUAGGUAGUGUAACAAUUUGGAGAUCUGAUUCAUUUAAUAAUACAGACUCAACAGAUGUCUUGAAAGAAGUUACCACAUACAAAACUAUUCUUCAAGAUCAAUUAAUUAAUGUAUAUGCCAAACGAAUGAAAGAUGAAUAUAAGAAAGAUAUUCAAUUAGUAUUAUCGCUUUAUAGAACACAACAACAUAAAUUAUUACAAUCGAUGUUACCUUUAGCAGUUCCACGUUUUAUUACAGUAAUGAAAGAACUUGAAAUGAUUUAUCCAAAGAAUAUUAUAUCAAACUAA